GGCAUCACAUUAAGUUGUCAGCGUGCUUUUCAGUAUAACACAGAACAGACUCUUCAGACUAAACGAGUCUCUUUGCAGAAGCACCUGUAUCUGGUUUUGUGCUUUCCGUGAGCCAUAAUAAUAAGGCUCUAUGGGCUAGCAGAGGGAUCUUGCCAUGCCUGUUGCAAUUCGUAAGAGAAGCUGGGAGGAUCAUGUGACCCCACGCACAGGAUUACAGUACAGCUAUGAUGACCUAGACUUGGUCUGCUGCCAUGUGCGCUACCAGCGCAGUAGGUGUGCCUCGAUGCCUGAGUGUAGUCAUCACCAGCCUCGGACUUUACUCUGCCCUCAGGAGGAUAUCAGAGAUGGUAGACGAACGAUGGAGAGGAUAGUGCAGAAGUUUAAGGGUGGAACUCAACCUAGCUUUGAAGGUGUAAAGUGCCAAUCAUUGACGCCUGGAGACACCGUCAAUGAGACAGCACAGCACAAGAGUGACCAAGAUAGCAGGCUACCUUCAGACAACGUGGCAGAUCAAGAUGAAUUGCAAUGUUCUGCUUCAGGAACUUUGCAAGCUCACAGUGGAGAUCCAGAUAAUAAGGAACUAAACAAGGAUAAAGUAUCUGCUUCCCAUAGCCUGACACAUUAUGUACUUCCUACUGCAGUAUUAGCACAAAUAGAGGAAACGAGUGAUUUAUCAGAUGCGUUGAAGGACAGUAACUCUGUCAAUGUUGACUGUUCUGAAAUAACUUCAGAAAAUAUAGAAUCCAUGGUGAAGGUCAGUGUGGGCAGUCAGAUGUUAGUACAUGAACACAUGAGUGUCACAAGCAAGAUCACAAAUAUAACUAAUAAACCUCCCACCUCUGAUUCACAGCAGAAAUCUGCUGACCCACACAAUAUUGUGGAAGUACAAUGUUGUGAAAUGUCUAAACAGACGGUUUUAACAUGUGGAAAAGUUGAAUGCUCAUACACAGACGGAGCUGUGAUCCCAAACUUAUCAUCAUCAACUUCUCAAGAAAUUCACAUUCCAGAAGCUAGCUCAGAUGCUAAUAAAGCAAGUCUAGUGUCCAAACGUUGCAUAGUGCUUCAAGGUCAAGACAUUGAAAAUCAGGAGGAUGAUGGCAUUUUUAAAUGUUCUGAUCAUGAGAUGUUAAAAAUUGGAAGCCUUAAACCACCUGCUUGUGAAACUUCUCAACUGGAACCAUCUGGAAAAAUUGACAUCUUGGAAACAAGGCUUGACUGCUUCUCAAAACUCCAAACUAUCCACGAGGGGUCCUUUCCUGAAUCGGGAGAUGAUGCUUCAGCUCAGAUAUUAGCAGAGAUGCCAGAACAUCUAGCAAGUGCAGAAUUAAAAACCAACAACUGUGAGAAUUUGACAACUUCAGAGGAUCAAAGCAUGAGUCUAAAGGAGCCAACUGGAGAAGAACCUCAACCUGAAGGACUCUAUGAUGAACAUCAGGCAAACCAAUAUUCAAAUACAGCCAAAGACCAUGAGAGUGUCCCAAAAGCUGAAGGAUCCCUUGUCAAGCUUCGCACAAGGAAGAGCUCACGGGAGGAGAGGGAGAAGGAAAGGUCAAGUUUGGACUCUAUGGUUCUGUUAAUAAUGAAGUUGGAUCAGCUGGACAAAGAGAUUGAGAAUGCUCUGAGCUCCUCCCUCAAUAGCACUCCCAAUUUAAAGAGGCAGAUCAUCUCUGAAGUUGAUUUAGAAAUGCUGGAUUCAUCAGGAAGUCUUUCAGCCUCCUCCCAGUCUCUAAACACCCCACUUUAUCGCUCUUCAUCAUCGCUGUCUUCAUCAGGACCCUCUGGAACUGCUGGGGCUAGACCAAAAAAUGAG